AAAAGCAGAGGAGAGAGGAGCUCAUGACGGCUCGCGAACACGUGAGAUGAAACUGGCCAGGAAAACACUGGAAACUCAACGUAGGAACGCGCAGCCAGUGAUUCGGGAUCUCCCUGAAAGCUGAAGGAUGAUGGGAAUGGACCGCUGUCUGACUGUUCAGGGAUGUCUGUGCGUCUCAGAAAGACCAGCAUGUCUGAUGCGAAGUUCCUCCUGAUGCUGUGCAAGAUUGGCGUGAGAGGAAAACUGCAGACUUCUCCCAGGAAAAUGGUAAACACUGCUCUGAGUGAUGAGGAAAAGGGCAUUCAAGACAAGGAAAGCAAAGAGGAAUCCAUUCUGGCCAUGCUGGGAAUCAUCGGGACCAUCCUCAACCUACUGGUCAUCAUCUUUGUGUACAUCUACACUACUCUGUGACGCAAACCUGAACUUCAUGAUGAACCUGGCAUUAAAAAAGCAGGCCGUUCCACCAGGGACCCACACAAACAUGCGCUCAAAUGCAGAAACACGGACAGCAGAUUCCCUUCAAACACAGAUGAGUCCGUGGGGAACUUCAUAACUUGUAAAUAUGCACGCUAUUUACUCAUUUCAGCCUGCGAUGCGGAGAAACGGGACCGUUUUUAUGCAUGGCUCAGUUUUGAUCAGAUUAGCUGUUUUUAAUAGCAAACCUACGCUAUAGCGAUUUCUUACUCUACUUACUUGACUAUGACAGUAAAACUUUUUCAGGAGACAUGUUCUCCAUGUUUCAGGUUUCCUUAAAACCUUGCUGUUUACAGUAUUAAAAAAACGGUAACACUUUAGAUGAAGGGGUGUUUAUGAAACCUUUAUAAUCAUGAAUGUGAAUGAG